ACAAAUGACCACAAAAAAAAAAAAUGAACAAACCACAUCUGAGUCUAACCCUGAUAAUACUCAUAGAUUAGUCAAUGAACACAUAACUUCAUUUCUUUACUCACCAAUGUCGAAGCCCUUCCCACAAACUUUGGCUCAAUAGAUCUUGGCAUCGGUAGUUUCUCUGAUUCUUACCCCCCAUUGUACACAGAUUCUAACAUGAUGACAACAAACAUUUCCCCAUCUUCAAUUGUUGUUGAAGUCCUAAGAGAUGAUAACUAUGAUGAUUGGAGUGCCUGCAUGAAAAGCUAUAUGUUAGCUCAAGACCUUUGGGAUUUUAUUGAGCCUGCUGGUCAUCAUGAAGGUGAUCAAGAAGUUUACUCUAAGCCUAUUGAUCAUCAAGAAGGUGACUCUAAGGCGUUGAGAAGAAACAAUGCUGCAGCUUUACAUGCAAUUCAAAUUUCUUGUGCACCAUACAUCCUUUCCAAGAUUAGGAGCAUCACUUCAGCAAAAGUUGCCUGGGAUGCUCUAGCCAAUUUGCAGCAGCAACAUUCACCAAGCCACAAAGAGCAAACUGUUGAAACAGAGCCAGCAGAAGAUGAUGAGUCACAAGGUUCAGGAGCGGUGAGCAAUGAAAUGAAUGGUCCCUUGCUAACCCUGUACAAGUAUGCCCAUAAUGGAGACUGGGAUGCCAUAAAAACCUAUCUUAUCCGAUACCCAAAUGCAAGAAAGGCCAUGAUUAAACCCUAUGGUGGAACAGCCCUUCAUGUAGCAGCUUUUUCUGGACAUCUGAGAGUUGUGGAGGAGUUAGUGAAGUUGAUGUCUGUAGAAGAAUUGGAAAUACAAGAUAAUCAAGGCAACACAGGUCUUUCUAGUGCUGCCUUUGUUGGAAAAAGAAAGAUGGCAGAAUGUUUGGUGAGAAAGAACAAACACUUGGUUACCUUUGUAAAUGCACAAAAAAAGAUCCCACUGGUUCAGGCAUGUAUAAGCAACUGUAAGGAUAUGGCUCUUUAUCUAUACUCUGUCACUCCAUUUGAAUUUCUUUGUCAAGGCAAUGGCCACCAUGGAUCUUAUUUCCUUCAAUGUGCUAUUGGUGCUCAAAUGCUCGAUAUUGUGUUUGAUUUUCUGCAUCGCUUCCCGCAUAUGGCUACUAAAACGGAUGAUGUUCUGAAGUCGAAUGCUUUGAUUCGUUUGUCUACCUCGCCUCAAAUAUUUCCAAGUGCAAGUCAACCUGCGUUUUGGCAGCAAUUCAUCUUUUCAUGUAUUUGGUCAAAACCAAUCGUUGCAACUAAUGAUACGGUUCGUAUCUAUGUGCCUGCUCAGAGACUAAGGGAGUCGAAGAACAUUGUCCUUCAAGUGUUAAGUCAAUUGCGUGUGUUUGCAAAAAAUCUCUUCACGUUCUUAGGAAUCAAGCAAAUGUAUGAUUUAAAGAAGAUCCACAUUUAUUCGGAUAAAAUCCUACGGUGUAUGUGUGAGCAUAUAUCUUCUCUGGAUUACGAGGAACAGCUCAAGGCAUCUGUACAUCCAGCAUUCCACAGUGCAGUAAAGAAUGGCACGCUUGAGUUUAUUAUGGAGAUGAUCAAAGCUUGUCCUCAUGUAAUGAUCUGUACAGAUGACAACUCGAGAACCCUAUUUAUGUCCUCGAUUGCAAAUCGACAAGAAAAGGUGGUCAGCCUUUUCUAUGGACUGGAAGCAACCAGAUCAGGAUUUGUUUCCCUUAUAGAUAGCUCAGGAAAUACAAUGUUACAUUUGGCAGCAAAACUGUCACCUCCUUCUCAACUAUCUCGGAUCUCUGGUGCAGCUCUACAGAUGCAAAGAGAACUACAAUGGUACAAGGAAGUGGAAAGUAUUAUAAAUCCUACAGACAAGGAUUUUGCUAAUGUAAAGGGUCAGAUAGCCAGGGAAUUAUUCACAAGUGACCAUGCGGACUUGUUACUGAAAGGAGAGGAAUGGAUGAAAGCAACGGCAACUUCAUGCACUGUUGUGGGUGCUCUCAUCAUUACAAUUAUGUUUACUGCUGCAUUCACUGUUCCCGGCGGCUACGUUCAAGAGAGUGGCUAUCCGAUUUUUAAAGACAAGGAAUCUUUUACAGUUUUUAUAGUAUCGGAUGCAAUCUCUCUGUUUUCUUCAUCAACAUCAGUGUUGAUGUUCUUAGGAAUUCUUACGUCGCGAUACGCAGAGGAAGAUUUCCUUAAAUCCUUGCCCACCAAGUUAAUUAUCGGCCUUUCCACGCUUUUCUUCUCCAUUGCAACCAUGAUGGUAACCUUCUGUGCUGCUCUUAUGAUUAUUGUGGAUGGGAAAUUGCAAAUUAUAAUUCCGAUUGUCUUGGUCGCAUGUAUCCCUGUAACUUUUUUCAUGAUGUUGCAAUUUCCCCUCCUAGUGGAGAUUUUUGUAUCCACAUAUGGACCGGGAAUCUUCAACAAAAAAUUGAAACGUUGGUACUGAUUAAUGAAAUGUAUGUAAUUCUUCGUGUAA